AUGGACGAGUCGUUUUUAAAGUCUGCCUUUGUGAGCCAGGAGCCGUUGGUGGCCGCGGAGGACACGACUCUUGCUUUGCCCAACGCUCCGGGCUCCAAACCCGGUGGGAAGGUUCAUUCAAACCAGGACAGGAGCCUGCGCGUCCAGCAGCAGGUCCAGCUCACUCUGGCCCGGAAGAGCAGGAAGCAGUCCAAUGGCAGUGUCCACUUACAGAGAAGCACGACCAGUUUUGACCAUUCAGACGGACAUCUAGCAGCCAUGAAGGUUAACGGCCUUGGUCUGAGUAACCCCUCACUCGCCUUCAAACCGUGCCGCAGGGUGGAGGUAACCCCACCCCCAAGCCCUGGUGCCCACCAGCGCCGCAUGUUCGGGUCACACAGAAUGGGUCUGUACACCGUCCCGGGACCGGCUCAGCUCUACCAAAUCCCAUUGGACCGCUCGCUCUCCUCAGAUUUCUACCACCGCUACGCCUUUUCAGAUGGACCCAGGUUUAUGAGGACGCAGAGGUCCAAUGCGGGCUCCAGACAGCGGUCCUUCAGACGCGCCGCUUUGCCCCAGCCCGUGUUUGAGGACGAGGUUCUCCACUCAAAUGCAGAGCGGAGAAACAGUUCCAGAUGGUCCCAGAGACAGAUAUCAAGCAAGCAGGAGCACCACAGCAUGGGGCAUGGGCUGAAUGUGGUGGUCCCCCCUGAGAGUGGGUCGGCCUGGCUGUCCCGAGUCAGGGGAAGCACCCACGCCCUGCGCAGGCUGAACUCAUACCCGCCCUCUGCCACCAGUUUGGAGGUGGACACAACCAGGCAUGAUGUGAACGUGCCUGUUCAGACGAGCAAUGUCACAGCACUAGCUGCGGAGAACAGGGCUCCGGAGAUGACCAUAGAGAGGGCCGUGAGCCUGCUGUCCCAGUCCAACGAGGAAACCCUAGUGUUGGCCGCCAGCUUCAUCCAGAACCAGUGCUUCAAGAGCGAAGAUGCCAAGAAGAUGGUUUACUAUCUGCGAGGCAUUGGGAAGCUGAUGCAGCUGCUGACUCAGGACAGUGAGGAGGUGCAGCAUGUGGCGGCCGGAGCCCUGAGGAAUCUGGUGUUUCAGAGCAACGAGAACAAGAUGGAGGUGAAGGAGAACGGCGGCCUGUCCACGAUACUGAAGGCCCUGAAGAGCAGCAGAGAUGUGGAGACCAGGAGGCAGCUCACCGGUCUGAUGUGGAACCUGUCCUCUCACGACCUCCUGAAGGAGCAGCUGUCAGUGGAGGCUCUCCCGGUGCUGACUGAGUCUGUGCUGGUGCCCUGCUCGGGGCUGUCCGAGGGAGAGAACCCCAAAGAUGAGAUGCUGGCAGACGCUGACGUCUUUCAUAAUGCCACGGGCUGUUUACGGAACCUGAGCUCAGCCGGACCAAACGGCAGGAAGGCCAUGAGGGAGUGUGAAAACCUCAUAGACUCUCUAGUUUACUACAUCAGAGUCACCAUUGCAGACUACAAAACAGAUGACAAGACGACAGAGAACUGUGUAUGCAUCCUCCACAACCUGUCCUAUCAGAUCGAGGAGGAGCUUCCCCAAAAGUACGCAGAGGAACUGCACCAGUCGCGGCUAAGCGUGGCCCCCAAAACCAAAUCUGUGGGCUGCUUCCCGACUCGCAGCACAAAGAGCACCAAAGAGCGGCUGGAGCGAAGCUGCCCCCUGCUGGAGGAUAAGGCAAACCCAUGUGGAGUGGAGUGGCUGUGGAGCGCUAUCACAGUACGCAUGUACCUGUCGCUUAUCGCCCGCAGUGUGCGUCACAACACACAGGAGGCAGCACUGGGCGCCUUACAGAACAUCACAGCUGGACAUGGCCAUGUGACUGAAGCCUUGUGUUUCACGAUUGUCCAGCGGGAGAAUGGCCUCCAGCACAUCAAGAGGCCUUUAGAGGAGGGGGACAGUGAAGUGAGGCGCACCACUGUGUCCCUCAUUAGAAACCUUUCCCGCCACAGAGAACUUCACCCGGAGAUCAUCACCCACGUGUUGGCUGAGGUCGUCUCCAUGUUGCCUAAUAAUGACCGGGGCACAGACCAGCCCUCAGAGGUGACCGCCUGUCUCUGCCACAUCCUGCUGAACCUGAGCCACAACCACACGGACAGUGUAAGGGCCGCGGUCAACCUGGGGGCCCUACCCAAAAUUAUCAACAUUAGCAGCAAAGACAAUGGUUAUGGUCCGAGUCGAGCUGGCCAGGCCGCAUGUGUCCUAUUACGCUCGAUGUGGAAGCACACUGAUCUACACAGCCUCUACAAAAAGUGUGGAUUUAGAAAAGCUGAUUUCAUCAACUCAAGGACGACGAAGACAGUGAACUCUAUACGAGACUAA